AUGGGCGUUAGGCACCACUAUAGACACCAGGCCCGAAGCGAUGUCCAGGCCAAUCACACUUCCGGAGUCCAUUCCUAUCAGAAGCAAUUCCCUACUGUCUGUUGCGGAGCAGCCAAUUUGGCUUUUCGUUACGGCUGUCCUAGCCACACGUCUUUGCUGCUCAGUUUCACUGUGGGGCUCGCGAUCUUCACUGCCAUGACGGUCGCCGACUGGCUCGUCAUUUGCUGUAGUUUUUAUGAGGCUGGAUGCUGCGUGGAAGAGAUGAAGAGGUCCGGUCAGCUUUCCGAGUUCGGCAAGCUCAUCCUUUUUCGGCCAAUCAGACACCAACUGACUAGGAUUGGUGCGAGAUGA